CAAGAUCUUCCCCAGACCCGUCGUUUGGAGUUGAUAUCCCGUUGAGUUGCUAUCCCGACGGCAGAUGUCGCACGACGAGACCAAUUCCGAGACUGAUCUUCAUCAGCCUGACGACGUCGAUUACUCAUCGUCAUCGGCCAUCAGACGGCCACCGCCCGUCCCACAGGCCACGCCUCAGCCAAGAGAAGCCGAGGGCAACACUGCUGCGCCGGCUGUCCACUUCAAGACUCUCGCCUUUGGCGCGUGGAGGUGCGCCUGUGUGGCGGGCACAUAUCUGUGGGCUGUGAUCGGCUUCGUUGUGGCACCCUAUUUCAUGAACACCGUCCGAGCUGAUGUGAGCGGUUGCAGGAGGACGCCUGUGGCUGGCUUCGGUGUCCCACAGGGUGGUGCAUUACCGAUGAGGAGGCGGCCAUUCAGAACAGGUCAGUCAGUCACAUUCUCAUACAUUGACUGACUCGUCCCAUUAGAAUUGUCUGCGCGUCCUGUCCUCCACUUCUUUCGCCGACCGACAGAUCUGUCUGUUCCUGGCCGCCCCAGCCUGUCGGUGCUGAUGUCCCUGCCAUCUGAGUCGAAGCUGCGUCGCGUGGAGGAGCUCUCCAAGGAGGACUUUGCGGGCAUGCCCAUUCGGCGCCCCCCCGCCCCUUUCCGCUCCCCUGCGGUGUCGCGUCCGUCGUGGGCGCCCGACUGGCGGCGGCCGUAUUUGUAUGACGAGGAGGACAUCGCCAACAGCACAUGGGAGAUCGCUUCCUUCUUCAAACAGGACUAUGACAGGCUCAAGAGAGGAGACCAAACCGCUGUCUACAGGCAAGCAGGUUGACACGAGGAUUGGGGAGGGAAGCGAAAAGCGCUCCAUGGUGUGUGUGUGUGUGUGUGUGUCAUCAGGACGGUUGUGAGGUGUAACGAUGACGACACGGUGGCAUGGGCGGACUUGUCGUGGCCCCGUCAGCAAGGGACGUGGCGCUUUGACGGCGACGCUUACCUGACCAUCCGUCGGUCGCUGGGUGGUGGGCUGCUGGGCCGUCGGCUCUUCAAGACCUAUGCGUUGCGCAACUACUACUACUGCGAGGGCAUUAUCCAGGGCUGGAGGCCCUGGCAACCCAUCGAACAACUCGGCUUCUUUCAGGUACGGCCGCCUAGCCCCACCUGCCUGCCGUAUGUAUUUGUAUGCAUCAUUUUGUCUUGGUCCUUACCUUAAAGGCUCGUCGGUUGGGCUUCAGUGAUGCGGAGAGGGGUCCCCCGCCAUGGCUGGACCGGACCGAGGAGAGGAGCCUGGAGUGGGUGAGGGAUGCACGUGCCCGAAGAGAGAAGAAACGGAGGAAACUCAGAUGGAAGGAACGGCUGUGGGAGCUGGACGAGCUCUACGCCAACCUCAAAGAUACGGGAGCCAGUUGAUAUCAACGCCCAAGGCAUUUUCGGCGAGCGAGAUCAAGGUGGCUGACUGGGUGAAGGGGGGGGGGGGGGGG